UGAGGGUUAGAAUAGCGUAACUAAUUUAUUCGAUUAUCUCCCUUGGUCUAAGAAGGUCAGAUAAAAAUAGCGAUAAUGAAGUUUGCCAGAGAAUGCCGUUCAAACUAGAUUGUCUUGAAAAGAAACGUACGGUUGUCAUCACUGUCAUCAGUGUAUUGACCGGGAUUACCCUGAUCCUUUUCAUUUCAACAGUGGGGAAACUGUUUAAGAAUGGUGACUUCGGUGAAAAGUUCUGCGUCAGCUCUAACUUAAACUACGUCACACUGGUCAGCAGGGAGAUGACCAAGACUCACUACGAUGCGGACAGUGGUCAUAUCUGUGCCGAAGAUUAUGGGACGAUUCUAGAUCUGGCCAUUGAUUUAGAACUUAGGCUCCCCCGUGCGUCAGCACUGAAAUAUAUUGUACCAGAGAAUAACCUCAGUCAAAUCACAGAUGACGUCAUAAACAACCUGUUCCUCGCUUUGAACGAGUCCAGCAUCAACCCCGCGUUCGAGCACGUGAAAGAGGUGAAGGUCACACCCAACAGCCUCGUUAUCCUGCAUCCAGGCAUGUAUUACAUUUAUGCUUCGGUGGUGUACAAUCUCAGUCUCCCUUUGGACACACUGAACAAGACGUUGUACCUCCACCUCCACCGAACAAGCCCCACAGAGGAAGCGUCCAGUAUCCUAGCAACGUCAGCUCACACCUGCUGUGCCAGGUGCCACCAGGCGGUCCAGACCGCUUACACGAGUCACCUGAGGCAGCUCGAGGCUGGGGAUAGCCUGCAGGUUUCCGUUUCCGGCCCCGGUCACGUGUUGGAGAAUUUUAAACUGGACAGCCAAUCAUCGUUCAUCGGCGUCACCACACUGGCCGCCGACAUACACCUAGCACAGAUACAGCGCAAAUACAUUUAGCUACCUUAAAAAAAUGCCGUGAUAUUGGAUGUCUAAACACAAUGUAAACAAUAAAUUAUUAAAAUUAUUUAAUAUUUUGACUUUUGAUUUGAUUUCUGUGUGGAUCCGUGGAAUCUUGCCAUCCGUUAUUCAUCUUGUACAAAAUCGAUGAGUAUCUCUGAUGACAAUACACCAGUCUCUAAGUUUAAGCUGUUUAGAUGUAAAAUAAACGAUGUUUUCCAGCUUUAAACUUGAAUGUGUCACAGUAAAUGUAGAAAAACUGUCCAUAUCCACACAGAGACAGCAGUCAGACAGUUUACACAAAUAAAUGACAGUGUUGAAAGACACACAUUUUAAUUUUCUGCUUAUAAACAACACUAGGAAAACUAUGGUAUCAACAGACACAGAUGUCAUUAAUCAGCAUGUGUAAUGGGCAGUGAAUAAUGUUAUAUAACAAGCCAGAAUUUUGUUUUAAAUAAAAAUCUACGUGUAGCCCAGGUCUA